GCUUUAUAUCGAGAUGUAGUCUAUAGAAAUUGCCGUAAAGGCAGUGUCCGUCGUUCUGUGAACAGCUAAAAGAAAGGCCUCACCAUUGCGAACAUAAUCCCUAUUAUGAUGCUGGGGCGGAAGCAGAGCCUCAAGGGGGAACCCGUCCUGGCCGAUUACGGUCCGGAGGAGUCCCUCAAUGAGAGCGCUGACAUAGAGUGGGUCAACAAGUUAUGGGUGAGGAGGUUGAUGCGAUUUUGCGCCCUGGUCUCGUUGGCUUCCGUUUGCUUGAACACCCCGAAGACAUUUCAGAAAGUACCGUCCCUCCGAUACGUUACCUUUAUUUGCGAUUUGAUAGUCACGUUUCUGUUCACCGCCGAGAUGAUCGCGAAGAUGCACAUACGGGGAAUACUGAAGAGAGAUAAGUCUUAUUUGAAAGACCACUGGUGCCAAUUCGACGCAAGUAUGGUGAUCUUCCUUUGGUUAUCCGUGAUCCUGCAAAUGUUCGAGAUGCUGGGUUUCCUUAUAAAGUCUAGUAUCGCUUCGAUCAUGCGUGCACCACGGCCGUUGAUCAUGAUACGCUUCCUCCGAGUCUUCCUCAAGUUUUCAAUGCCCAAAGCCAGGAUCAAUCAGAUUUUCAAACGUUCGAGCCAACAGAUCUACAACGUGACGCUUUUCUUCCUGUUCUUCAUGUCUCUUUACGGCCUCCUGGGCGUGCAAUUCUUCGGCGAGCUGAAAAAUCACUGCGUGCUGAACACAACCGAGCCCAAUUACAUCACGAUCAACAGCCUGGCUAUUCCCGAUACGUUCUGCUCCACCGAUCCAGAAUCCGGAUAUCAAUGCCCCGAAGGAAUGAUGUGCAUGAAACUGGAAUUGACCAAAUAUAUCAUAGGCUUUAAUGGAUUUGAUGAGUUUGCUACCAGUAUCUUCACCGUGUACCAAGCAGCUUCUCAGGAAGGAUGGGUCUUCAUCAUGUAUCGCGCGAUUGACAGUCUACCUGCGUGGCGCGCGGUUCUUUACUUCAGCACGAUGAUAUUCUUUCUGGCUUGGUUAGUAAAGAACGUUUUCAUUGCCGUCAUCACAGAGACUUUCAACGAAAUCCGAGUGCAGUUCCAACAAAUGUGGGGCGUCAGAGGACACAUUAGCAACAGUUCGGCAUCGCAGAUACUGACCGGAGAUGACAAUGGUUGGAAAUUAGUGACAUUAGACGAGAAUAAGCACGGGGGCUUAGCCUCCCCGCUCUGUCACACUAUCCUCAAGUCGCCGCAUUUUCGCUCGGUGGUAAUGUGCGCGAUUCUAGCGAACGGUGUCACCACCGCGACGAUGAGCUUUAAGCAUGACGAGAAACCGAGGCAUACGUACUACGACAAUUAUUACUGGGCCGAAAUCGUCUUCACGAUAUUGCUGGACCUAGAGACCAUCUUCAAGAUAUGGUGCCUGGGCUUCCGGAGUUACUAUAAGCAUUCGAUUCACAAGUUCGAACUGCUGCUUGCCAUUGGCACGACUAUACACAUUCUUCCGUUCUUCUAUCUCUCUGGAUUCACUUACUUUCAGGUUCUCAGAAUGGUCCGGCUCAUUAAAGCGUCACCGAUGUUGGAGGACUUUGUCUACAAGAUUUUUGGUCCCGGCAAGAAGCUCGGCAGCCUCAUUAUCUUUACCAUGUGCCUGCUGGUGAUAUCCUCCAGUAUUUCCAUGCAGCUCUUCUGUUUCCUCUGCGACUUUACCAAGUUUGAAACCUUCCCCGAGGCGUUUAUGUCUAUGUUCCAAAUUUUCACGCAAGAAGCCUGGGUCGACGUGAUGGAUGAAACUAUGUUACGAACCCACGAGACGGUAGCACCGCUGAUUGCAGUGUACUUCAUUUUGUACCAUCUCUUCGUCACAUUGAUCGUGUUGAGUCUUUUCGUCGCAGUAAUUCUCGACAAUCUCGAACUGGACGAGGAUAUUAAGAAACUGAAGCAAUUGAAAUUUCGCGAACAAAGUGCCGAAAUAAAGGAGAGCUUGCCGUUCAGAUUGAGAAUAUUCGAAAAGUUCCCAGACAGUCCACAAAUGACGUGUCUUCACAAAGUGCCAUCAGAUUUCAAUUUACCGAAGGUGCGAGAGAGCUUUAUGCGACAAUUCGUGCUUGAAGUCGAGGACGAAGAAAACGAAGGUGCAAAGAGAACUAACGAAACUUUCGACUCGAAAAUAGUGUAUAGGAAGCAACGACCGGUGAAGAUCUUAAAUAAUCCUCCAAAGGUGAGAAGCGUCGUUACUAAUCUGAAGAAAGCGUCCGUUAUUUAUAUCAUAAACGAUUCCAAUAAUCAAAGGCUUCUUCUGGGAGACUCCGCCAUGAUUCCAGUACCAGGAAAGGGACUUCUAAAACCGCAGGGUACUGUGAGUGGCGCCAAGCAGCUUCGCAUUGAUCCGAAAAAAUCAAUCAGAAGGAGCGUUCGAAGCGGAUCGAUCAAGCUCAAACAGACGUACGAGCAUCUGAUGGAAAACGGUGACAUAGGGGGAAUGAACAGAGUCAGUUCGUCGAGCAGGAGACCGCACGAUUUGGACAUCAAGUUGUUGCAAGCUAAGAGGCAACAGGCGGAGAUGCGAAGAAAUCAACGCGAAGAUGAUUUGCGAGAGAACCAUCCGUUCUUCGACACGCCGUUAUUCGCGGUACCUCGCGAGAGCAAAUUCCGGAAAUAUUGCCAGCUGUUCGUCUACGCGAGAUACGACGCGAGAUUGAAGGAUCCUUUGACGGGCAAGGAAAGGAAAGUGCAGUAUAAAAGUCUGCACAAUUUCCUCGGUUUAGUGACCUAUCUCGACUGGGUGAUGAUAUUCAUCACGACGCUGUCGUGCAUCUCGAUGAUGUUCGAGACACCGCGAAAGCGCGUGAUGGAGACACCGGCGUUGCAGAUCACCGAAUACUGCUUCGUUAUUUGUAUGAGCAUCGAACUUGCAUUAAAGAUCCUGGCGGACGGUCUGUUUUUUACACCUAAAGCGUACAUCAAGGAUGUUGCCUCCGUACUAGAUGUCUUCAUUUACAUUGUGAGUCUCGUUUUCUUAUGCUGGAUGCCGAAGAGCGUGCCAGCGAAUUCUGGAGCGCAGCUACUGAUGAUAUUACGAUGCGUCAGACCGCUUAGAAUUUUCACCCUUGUACCGCACAUGAGAAAAGUCGUUUACGAAUUGUGCCGAGGAUUCAAAGAAAUUUUGCUGGUAUCGACAUUACUGUUCCUGUUGAUGUUCAUGUUCGCGAGUUACGGAGUGCAACUGUAUGGCGGUCGAUUAGCGAGGUGCAAUGAUCCCACGAUCUUGAAGCGCGAGGAGUGCGUCGGUGUAUUUAUGAGAAGAGUAUUUGUGACGAAGAUGAAGCUGCGGCCGGGAGAAAACGAGAGUUAUCCGUCCAUAUUGGUACCGCGUGUUUGGGCUAAUCCUAAAAGAUUCAACUUUGAUAAUAUUGGCGACGCUAUGAUGGCUCUGUUCGAAGUACUUUCUUUCAAAGGCUGGCUUGACGUACGGGAUGUCCUUAUUAAGGCUCUUGGUCCCCUUCACGCAAUCUAUAUACACAUUUAUAUUUUCCUCGGUUGCAUGAUCGGCUUGACAUUGUUUGUGGGCGUCGUGAUCGCGAAUUACUCGGAGAACAAAGGCACCGCUUUGCUCACGGUCGAUCAAAGACGAUGGUGUGACUUGAAGAAACGUCUGAAGAUUGCCCAGCCGCUGCACUUACCACCCAGACCGGACGGCAAGAAGUUCCGCGCUUUCAUCUACGAUAUCACGCAGAAUAUUUAUUUCAAGAGAUUCAUCGCAGUCAUGGUGCUCGUGAACAGCGCUCUUCUGUGCGUUUCUUGGAGAGUUGAGGAGGAACACACGGAAGCUCUGGCCACAGUCUCCACGAUUCUAACUCUGGUCUUCCUCGUGGAAGUGAUAAUGAAAAAUAUUGCUUUUACACCACGUGGUUACUGGCAAUCCAGAAGAAACAGAUACGACUUACUCGUGACAGUCGUGGGUGUUAUCUGGAUCAUCAUACACUGGACGAUGCAGAACGAUUUGUCCUACGUGAUUGGAUUUAUGGUCGUGAUCUUGAGAUUCUUCACCAUCACCGGCAAACAUACCACUCUCAAGAUGCUAAUGCUGACGGUCGGUGUGUCUGUCUGCAAGAGCUUCUUCAUCAUAUUCGGCAUGUUUCUCCUUGUCUUCUUCUACGCGUUAGCCGGCACCAUAAUCUUCGGCACGGUGAAAUACGGAGAGGGCAUAGGACGACGCGCUAAUUUCGAGUCACCGGUUACCGGCGUGGCGAUGCUCUUUCGCAUAGUGACGGGGGAGGAUUGGAAUAAAAUUAUGCACGACUGCAUGGUACAACCACCCUAUUGCACGCCGGCGGCUAAUUACUGGGAAACGGACUGCGGCAAUUUCCACGCUUCUCUAAUUUACUUUUGCACCUUUUACGUCAUCAUCACUUACAUCGUCUUGAAUCUUUUAGUAGCUAUUAUCAUGGAGAACUUUUCUCUGUUUUAUUCAAAUGAAGAGGACGCGUUGUUAUCGUACGCCGACAUAAGGAACUUCCAGAACACGUGGAACGUUGUGGAUAAUCAUCAGAAAGGAGUUAUACCGGUGAAGCGGGUGAAGUUUAUCUUGCGGUUGUUGAAGGGCAGACUGGAGACCGAUCCGCAAAAGGAUCGCUUGCUCUUCAAAUACAUGUGCUAUGAAUUGGAACGAUUGCACAACGGCGAAGACGUUACUUUUCACGACGUUAUUAAUAUGUUAUCGUAUCGCUCAGUGGAUAUAAGAAAGGCGCUCCAAUUGGAGGAGCUUCUUGCACGAGAAGAAUUCGAAUACAUAAUCGAGGAGGAAGUCGCUAAGCAAACCAUUAGAACCUGGUUACAGGGCUGCCUGAAGAAGAUACGAGCGAAACAAAAUAGUCUUAUCGCCGGGCUUCGCGCUACGAAUAAUGCGGCUGUACCGACUCAAGACGUGGAGAAGGGCAAAGAGGAGAAAGGCAAGGAAGUUAGUGCCGAUCGUGAGGAGGAGAUUGAAAUAAAGGAUGUUGAAGUCCCAAAAUACAGAGCCAAGAAACCGAUGGUGCUUCCAAGAUCGGACAGCAUAGGAAGUGCUUCGGGAAGGAAGUAUCUAGCACCGACUUUAUCGGAUCCCGCGUCCGUUCGAUCCGAAAAGGAUAAGAUCGCGGCGUCGAAGAAGAGAAACAGCAGACCGCCAUCGAUGGUGAAAAAUAAUUUGCACCACUUGACGGAAAAUACGGAGCAAAGCAGGCAGCAGAGGGAGGCGUUGAGCAACAAAGCAGCCGCGCCUAAGGUCUCCAGCGUCAUGCUGGAAGUUCGGGAAUGGUGGAAGGAGCAGUUAGCUUACAGCAGCGAGUCCAGCGAGGACGAACUCUGAACUAUCCGAAAUUGCGGAUCGUAAGCAAUUGCGAUCGCGGCGGAUUGUGAAGUGAGGAUUCCUACUUUUAGCAAUUGUAAAAGACGAAUUGUUAGCCUAAGAAUUUUGCAUCCCGCGAGAAGGAAGAUCCAAGGAGAAAAGUGGUAUGUGCCUAAUAAUUUUAAUCACUCGCCCAAGCUCGAGGAACUUUAACGCGCUGAGCUUCGAUCGUAAUUCGCCACCUUCACUGCUGAGAACUAAUAUUAAUAUUUUGCUACGCCCAAGGCAGUGUGCACAGAGCGAGCUGAAACGUUCAAAUCUUUCGUUACAUGUUGCACGAAGCUCAUCGCGUUAGACGAAUCAAUUUCUUACCGGAAGAGAAAGCAAGAAAAAGGGAGAAAAAGAAAGAAUUACAAUUAUCGAAACAUACACACACACACAUACACAUACUCGCGACACAUUUCGCAUCGAAUUCGGAACAUCACUGCCGUGUGUCAAACAGAUCGCCCAUACGAAAAUGCUUGAAUCCUCGAACAUCAGUUUGUUAAAAGAUUUCGAUGUAUGUUUUGAUGAGGAAUUUUUCCGUACGUCACACUCGCGUGUACCAUCACUCGUGCAUCAUUAUGCGACUUAGCUAUUUUUAAAACAGUAUCUCGAGGUAACUACAAUCGUAUAUAACAAAUUUUGUACGACAUGAAGUUGAUCGUCGCGCGAGUAGUAGUUAGAAUCGAUGGUGUUAUUAAGGGCAACUGUGAGUACAAUUAGCAUUAGGAUGCGAUUCGCCGUAGAUAUUUUUGUCGUGAAGAGGGUACCGAUUCUGUGAAGAAGAAAAUGAAAAAAAAACCACACAUUAGGACGUUGCAGAUCGUCGAUUCUUUCCUCCUUACAGCAAGAAUACGUCCCAAAGGCCUGUAUCGUAGAUUGAUUUGAUAUUGAACAGUUGUAAAGGUUUUAGCGCGCGACCGUUGAUGUUAUAUUAUCUCUGUUAUUAAUUAAUACAGUAACGCUGUUACGGGUGUCGCUUUAGUGAAGAGAGGGUUGUGCAGUCGAGAGUAUUACGUGGCGCAGGGCAUAACUUAUUUUGAAACGCGAUUGCGUCGGCUCUCUAUAUUGUGUAUGUUGAACAUACGAGAGAUAAACGGAGCAUUUAUAUUAAAUAUAAACGACUGUCGUAAGUUUUUGUAACGAGACGGCGUGCGAGUACGUCGCGAUAAAUUUAUGAGACGAACCUUUAGCGGAACGAGGUCGAUGUUAGCGCAAUAAAUACGCAUACGCAUACACGCACGAUGAAUGUUAUGAAUAUAUUAUAUAUAUAUAAAUAUAUAAAUAUAUUUACAGAAGCGGAAAACGGAUUUAGCGUUGUGAGCCGCAUCACGUUUACAUCACUGUAAUGAAUGUUGAUGAUUGUUGCUAGUUUAUGUGCCAAUGUGUUGUCUUAUCGAGUAUAGGGCAAAUAAAUGUUGUUAGAUAUCAUUA